AUGAGGAGAUACGGUUCAAUUGCUCCCUCCGUCGGGAGCGAGGCCAAGUCCACUCCUCCCUUCCCCGCCAAACAGAUGUUUGUUCUAGCCUGCUGCCGGAUAUGUGAGCCAAUUGCUUUCAUGUCCAUCUUCCCCUACAUCUACUACAUGAUUGAGGACUUCCACAUCACGGAUGACGCCAGCAAGAUCUCGGUGUAUGCUGGCAUGGUCACCUCGGCCUUCACUCUGGCGGAAUUCGCGACUGGUGUUCUGUGGGGGAAGCUCAGCGACAAGAUUGGUCGCAAGCCGGUUUUACUCUCUGGUCUGGUUGGAACGGCAAUCAGCGUCCUGAUUUUUGGUUUUGCUCCCAACCUGCCGGUUGCGCUUCUCGCUCGAGCUCUUGGUGGACUUCUCAAUGGAAAUAUCGGUGUCUUGCAAACGACAGUGGCGGAAUUGGUCACGGUCAAGGAGCAGCAGCCCCGAGCUUACACAAUAAUGCCAAUGGUUUGGUGUAUUGGUUCAAUUAUAGGCCCGAUGAUUGGAGGCGCUCUAGCCCGACCUUGCAUCAGCUAUCCGGAAAUCUUCGCCCGCGGAACCAUCUGGGACCGCUACCCCUACCUCUUGCCUAACCUGUUCAGUGCAUUCAUGGUGUUGAUCGGAGUCGUGGUGGGCAUCCUGUUUCUGGAGGAGACGCAUGCCAUGAAGAAGAACGAGAAGGAUCGCGGCAGGCAAGUGGGAGACUACAUCAGUGCCAAGCUCUCCGCUCUCGGCCCAUUCCACUCGGGAGAUCGUGCGCCAGAGAAGCAAAGCCUGAUCCGCAGCUCAUGGAACGCCCAAGAUGAUGAAUUCGAAGAAAGCCUGCCCGUCUACCGGAGUCAAGAUAGCUCGCCUCGGCUGUCACCUCAAGAAGACCCAGAACUCGCGGAACCUGCUCCCAUCAGUGGGCCUGGUACACCGGGCUUCAAGACGUUCACCAAGCCGGUUAUCAUGAACAUCAUCUCUUACGGCAUUCUUGCUUUCCACACAAUGACAUUCGAUCAGCUUCUCCCCGUCUUUCUCAGUACCGCUCCACCCAAGCACCCGGUCAAUGAGCUCCCAUUCAAGUUUGUCGACGGAUUUGGUCUGGAAACGAAGACAAUCGGAGUCAUCAUGUCUAUCCAGGGCAUUUACUCCCUUUUCUCGAACUACGUCAUUGUCGCGCCAAUUACUCGAAAAUUGGGUUCCCUUCGAUUGUUCCGAAUUCUCGCCCUGUCUUACUUUGCACUGUACUUUGUGACGCCCUAUCUUGUUCUUGUCCCGGAGAAGUUCAGAAUGCCGGCGAUUUAUCUUCUGGUUAUCUGGAAGUGCACUUUCUCGACCAUGGCCUACCCCAGCAACGCCAUUCUCCUUGCCAACUCGGCACCAUCGAAGCAAGUUCUUGGCACAAUCAACGGGAUCGCGGCCUCGACAGCAAGCCUGUGCCGAGCAAUGGGCCCGACGGUUUCCGGCUUGCUGUACGCUCUUGGACUACGGACCGGCUACUCUGGCUUGGCUUGGUGGUUCAGCGCCAUUGUUAGUAUUGUCGGAGCCUACCUAAGCUUGCAAAUCACCGAGGGCGGCGGACACCUGGACGUGAAGGUCGACGUGCUGGAGGGGCUAGAGGAUGAGCCGCUGCUGGUCGACUACGACGACGACAACGACGUCAGAGCGUAA